UUAUAAAAUAAAAUAGUUAUAAAAUGUUUGUUGGUAUAUCUUCUCCAACUCAAAUCACCUCCACACCCUUUUUUUCUAAUAUCAAAAUCAAAUUGAAUUUGAACAAUUCACACCAGUCAAUACAAAACCUUGCAAAGUCACCAUCAUCAUCAUGUACAGGAGGAGGAAGCAACAACAACAUUUGCUUAUGUGGGAGAAGACCAUUUCUAGCAACAAUCUCCACUGCUCUCAUCCCACUUCACCAAUCCAACGCUUCAGAUUCUUUUUCUGAUGAUCCCAUCGCUGUGCUGAACAGGGUUCACCCGCCAAGACCCGACUGGUAUGAGGAGUUUUAUGCUGUAGCUAUGGAUGCAUCAAUGAAAUCUUAUGAGGACGAGAUUGCAGGUUAUAAGUCGGAGCUUUUUGCAAAUUUAACAACAGGGAAGGCUGCAAAAAUAUUAGAGAUUGGGAUCGGAACAGGUCCUAAUCUCAAAUAUUACAGCAAUUUAGCUUCCGGUGCAAGUGUAGUUGGUGUAGACCCCAAUAGAAAGAUGGAAAAAUACGCUCAAGCCGCAGCCCAAGCUUCUGGUUUGCCUCCAACAAAAUUCCAGUUCAUUCAUGCCUUUAUGCAGGUUGCAGAAGCAUUGCCUGUAAGCGAUGCUUCCAUGGAUGCAGUCGUGGGUACGUUAGUGCUAUGUUCUGUUAAGGAUGUUAACAAGACUCUUCAGGAGGUCAAGAGGGUGCUUAAACCAGGUGGUAUUUACAUAUUCGUGGAACAUGUAGCUGCGGAAGAGCAGAUGGUACAUUUCUUAAAGUUAUACAACGCGCUUUAGAUCCACUGCAACAGGUGGUUGCGGAUGGAUGCCAUCUUACAAGGGAAACCGGAGACAGUAUAUCUGCAGCAGGGUUCUCGAGUACUGACAUAAAAAAAGUUUUCCUUUCUUCUGCAUCACUCAUUAAUCCUCAUGCCUAUGGAAUUGCUUAUAAAUAACAAAAGAAUUAUUACCUUUCAUGUUCGAAAUCGAUUGUAAUUUUGGCUUGUUGCUAGUAAUGGAAUACAAGUUGUGUCACUA